CACUAUUCGCUAUCUGAAUCUCUCUCUUCUUUAAUUCCCAUCCAAAGCAAAACUCAAAAUGCUCACAACUCAAAAAAGAUAAGAUUUAUUAUUCAUCCAAAAACAUAAAAAAAAAACUGAUAAGAUUUUAAUAGAAACUUAAAUUUAAGAGAGUUCUUGUUACUUAUAACAAGCUUUUCUUAAUAGUUUCCGAUAGAACAAAGAGGAAAAAGCGAAAAGCAAAAUUUAUUGAGAAGAAAAGAAAAAAGAAAACUAAACUGAACAAUGCAGAGCAAUACAAAGCAUAUAAGAGCAGCUUUUUCUUUCAAAACCCUUCCUUUUUCUCGUACCUCCCAUAGUAUAAUAGAGUAGUAUAUAGUAUAUAAUAUAGUAUAUAUUUUAUAUAUAUAUAAUAUAUAUAAAUAAAUAUUUUGCUUGUACAUAAAUAUAGAACAGUGAAAUCAAGCCUAGUGGGAGUGUUUAUUGUUUCGAGAUCUCACACAUCGGAAAACUGCGAUUUUUACUUGUGAUUUCUUGAUUCCAGAGAGAAAUCUCAUGUUGUGAAGUCUUCCAAGGAGUGUGUUCGGUGUUCCAUAAUCCAUAGUACCCUCUUGUUACAUUUUAGUUUUUUACACUGUUUUUCACUUCUGGGUUUUCUUUCUUUUGGUCUUUCCUAGUAGAGCAUGCAAAUGUAUUAGGAUUUGGGAUUUUGUUUUCUGUUUUUGUGUUUUGUGUUGUUUUCACUUUGUGAUUGUUUCUGUGAAUUUCAUAGGAAUUAACAUGCUGGUUAUUGAUGUUCUUUCAACAUGUUUUUGUUUUGUGCUUUUUUUGCCAACUAUUUCAAUAACUUGAAUGUUUCUAUGAAAAUCUUUACUGGGUAGCUGAGGGCAGAGUUUCAAAAUUAUAGAACAUUGGGGGUUUGCAUGCACAGAGGCUCUAGAAACCCUAGGAAUCUGAGAGAUUACCUGUCAGUUUUUCAGGGUUUCAGAGUCCAAUUCCAAGUUCCCAAGUUUUAAAACCGCCUACUAACUUUCUGUUUCACAAUUUUGUCUAGAUUGGUUUUCAUUUUCUGUUUCUUCAACUAGAUCAGUCAAAAAAAUAUUUAAAAAAAAAUUUCAAUAACGCUCACCACCAACCAUUUGCAUGCAAUUACUUCCCUGCGGUCCAUUUGUCAAUUCAAAUUUUUUGUUUCCAUGUUCUGGGCUUCGCUAUAAAUAUCAAGAUCACUGUUCAAUACUCUGUUUUCUUACUCUGUUUCUGACUUUCUUUCUUCCAAUACUCUAUUUUACUACUCUGUUUCUUACUUUUCAAUGGUACAAAUUGCCAGUGUUUUCUCAAUGAGGCACUUCUUCGUACUUUCUUUAGCUUUGAAUGUGAGUUUCAUCUUGAGGAGUGUGUUCGAGAGGGAACAGGGCCUUAAUUGGUUGGGUUUUGAAUCUGAGAAAGACCAAGUUACAAAAAGGACUCGCUUGUCUGUGUCUUCUUCUCUUUCUUCCUUUACUACUCUGGCUGAAGCUCAGGAUAGCGGGGAGAGAAUUAUCAAUCUCGAUCACGGUGAUCCGACAAUGUAUGAAAAAUAUUGGCAACAAAUGGGGGACAAAACCACAGUUGUGAUCCCAGGGUGGCAGUACAUGAGCUACUUUUCCGAUAUCAGCAACAUUUGCUGGUUUUUGGAGCCUGAGUUUGCCAAGCAGGUGGUCAGGUUACACAAAGUUGUUGGUAAUGCUGUCACAGAUGGUCGUCACAUUGUUGUUGGUACAGGUUCAUCUCAGCUCUAUCUAGCUGCUCUCUUUGCUCUCUCACCGAGUGAUGCAUCUGAACCAAUAAGUGUGGUAUCUCAAGCCCCUUACUAUUCGUCCUACCCGGCUAUGACGGAUUGCCUAAAGUCGGGCCUUUACAAAUGGGCUGGUGAGGCACAUAACUUCAGCAAAGAGGGGCCUUACAUUGAACUAGUUACAUCUCCUAACAACCCUGACGGGACUGCAAGGCAUUCAGUGGUUAAUAGAAAUAAGGGCACAUUGCUUCAUGACCUCGCCUACUAUUGGCCGCAAUAUACUCCUAUUUCUUCCCCUGCAGACCAUGAACUCAUGUUGUUCACAGUCUCAAAGAGCACAGGCCAUGCAGGAAUGCGGAUUGGUUGGGCUAUUGUUAAGGACAAAGAGGUUGCAAAAAGAAUGACUAAAUUUGUUGAGCUCAACACCAUAGGCGUGUCCAAGGAUUCACAAAUUCGAGCAGCUAAGGUUCUGAAAGCUGUCUCUGACACCUAUGAAAAUGUUGACGACUCAGAAGUAGGUGAAACCUUUUUCGACUUCAGCUACCACAAUAUGGCAGAGAGGUGGAAGUUGUUGAGAGAGGCAGUGGAGCACAGCGGAAUGUUUAGUUUGCCUAAAUUUCCGCCUGCAUUUUGCACCUUUUUCAAUCAAGUCUCUGAGCCUCGGCCUGCUUUCGCAUGGUUAAAAUGUGAAAAAGAUAUAGAGGACUGCGAAACCUUCCUAAAAGGCCAUAAAAUUUUGACUAGAGGGGGAACACACUUUGGGGUUGGCCCUAAGUAUGUGAGGAUCAGCAUGCUGGAUAGGGACGAAAAUUUCAUUCGAUUUGUAAAACGAUUGUCCACAAUCCGCGUUUAACCAGAGUUGAUCCCUUGUUUCAAGUUUAUGUAGGAGGAAGAAAAGGGUGAUAGUGAGCAAUAUAUGUAAAUGUAGAAAAAGUCUUUUGUUGUUCUAAUAAUAAUCAUCUUUUGUUAA